AUGACUCCAAAUGCGACUGACACUUACACUGAAAAAAUGUUUCUCUGCUAUCCACUUCUACCGGACUCCUGUCCCAGAGCGCAUCGUCUUACUGUAAUUAAAUUGACAAUGUACACUGUCAUGCUCCUCAUGAUCCUCACCACAGUUUUUGGGAAUCUGCUGGUCAUCAUCUCCAUCUCGCACUUCAAACAGCUGCAGUCUCCAACUCAUCUGAUCGUUCGCUCUCUGGCCUCCAGCGACUGUCUACUGGGCUCUUUGGUCAUGCCUUACAGCAUGGUGCGAUCUGUUGAAGGGUGCUGGUUUUUGGGAGAUGUUGUUUGUAAAGUACAUUCUAGUUUGGACAUGACUUUCUGUAUCUCUUCCAUACUGCAUCUUAGUUUAAUAUCUAUUGACAGGUACUGGGCCAUCUGUGACCCUUUAAGAUACAAAAUGAGGAUCACAAACUGCACUGUGACUGUAUUUACUACCUUAAUAUGGCUGUUUUCAUUUUUCUACAGCUUUUCUAUUGUAUAUUCAGGGGUAAACAGGAUUGGUUUGGAGAUGCUUAUCAUGCAGAUGUACUGUGUAGGAAGUUGUGCUCUGUUUUUUAACAAACAAUGGGGUAUUAUUUGUCCACUUCUUACAUUCUUUCUUCCUGGGAUUAUUAUGAGCUCUUUGUACAUGAUGGUCUUUCAUGUUGCAAGAAAACAUGCAAAAGUGAUCUCAGACAGAGUGACUGUGGGGGCUACAGGGGGGUUGAAGAGUCAAAGCUCUGCACACAGAGAGAGAAAAGCAGCUAAAACUUUGGCCCUUGUUAUGGGUGUAUUUAUUAUUUGCUGGCUACCUAUUUUUAUUGCCACUGUUAUUGACUCUUUUCUAAAUUUUGUGACUCCAGCAGAUGUAUUUGAUGCUUUGGUUUGGUUUGGGUAUUUUAACUCCACCUGUAACCCCUUGAUCUAUGGACUUUUCUAUCAUCGCUUUCAAAAGGCCUUUAAGAUUCUCAUGUCUCCUUUUAUCUGUGGCUUUAGUGACUCAAGGACAUUAACAUUUGAAUGA